AUGGCAGGUCUGAACGCGUCCCUCUCCUUCCUCUGCGCUGCCUGCGCCCUGUGUGAGGCGGCCAGGAGGGCCGCCCGGGCCCUGCUCCCGGCGGGCGCCUACGGCCUGGCCCGGGAGGCAGCCGGGGCAGCCCAGCUGGCCGCCUGCUGCCUGGAGCUGCGCGCGCUGGCGGAGCUGGGGCCCUGGGCCGGGGGCUUCGGGCCCGACCUGCUGCUCACACUGCUGUUCCUGCUCUUCCUCGUGCAUGGGGCCACCUUCGACGGGGCCUCUGCCAACCCCACCGUGGCCCUGCAGGAGUUCCUCAUGGCGGAGACCACCCUGCCCAGCACGCUGCUCAAGCUGGCAGCCCAGGGGCUGGGGAUGCAGGCGGCCUGCGCCCUCACCCAGCUCUGCUGGGCCUGGGGGCUGAGCGAGCUGCACCUGCUGCAGAGCCUCCUGUCCGCGCACUGCAGCUCGGCGCUGCGCACGUCCGUGCCCCUGGGCGCGCUGGCCGAGGGCACCUGCGCCUUCCUCUUCCACCUGGCGCUGCUCCGCCUGCGGCACAGGCCGGCCGCCUGCAGCGUGCCCGCCCUGGCCCUGCUGGUCACCCUCCUGGCCCACACAGCCGGGCCCCUCACCUCUGCCUUCUUCAACCCCGCCCUGGCGGCCUCUGUCACCCUCCGCUGCUCGGGGCACACCUUGCUGGAGUUCGCACAGGUGUACUGGCUGGGCCCUCUGACAGGGAUGGUGCUGGCGGUCCUGCUGCACGAGGGCCGGCUUCCCCGCCUCUCCCAGAGGAACCUGCUCUACCGGCAGAGGCACAAGUACCGCAGCCCCAGGGGGAAGCUGGCCUCCGGCGCCUCCGACACCCAGACACCCGCAAAGGGACGCUGCAGCCAGGAGCCCAGGCUGCACGGGACUGAGCCUUCUCCCUAUUUUAAGGCCCCUGCGGUUGCUGGACUCACAGCACACCGAGUCCUCCAGCUCCCCACGGAGCUCCCGCACCUCGAGCUUUCUGCCGAGGGGCAGCCCGGCUCCGCAGUCCUCUCAACCUCAGCCUCCCGGAGGAAGGAUGACAGGCAUGGCCACCGGCCACGGGCACCCGAGUCUCACAAGAUGUCAGAUGAACUCUUUUUGGCCUGGCCUGGAGGAGCAGGAAAGGACGAUGCUCUGCGGGAGCAGGAGGGGGAGUGGAAGGCGGAGCGGCAGGGCUCUGGAAGGUGGCCCGGGAGCCCACGUCGGCUCCGCGAGGCCCCCAGGGACCUGGAGUCGGAACAUCGGGGUGGUGAUGACGUGGGGCCCGGGGUGUGCUUUAGCACUCACAUCUCGCACACCAGCGACUUCCCGGGCUGUGGGCAGAUCUCGCACACCAGCGACUCCACAUUUCUGGGCACCAAUCGGGGCCUCCCCACCUCCAUUCCCAGCCAGCGAUUCCAAAGACAGAAGCAGGCGGUGCGGACGCAUCUGGGGCCUGGUGGGCGGCUGGCGCCUCUCCGGCGCGGUGCUCUGCAGGGAGGGGCCCGCACAGGCGGCCUGGCUUCUGGACAGUAG